GUACCGGUACCUACAUACAUUCCGUAAUAUUUAAUCUUACUCUAUUAUUCCGUACCGUACCUGAUAGUGGGGAGUAAUAAAAUUUUUGCUGCAUACUUAGGUACCUAUACCUAAUUAUAAAUUUGAUUUAGAGGUACAGCAGAAUCUAGAAGUCCGAUCCACAAAAUUCUUGAUUCUAAGUAUCAAAAUGUUGUUACGAACUUCAAGAAGUGCUCACGUUUUUAGAGGUGUUAGGGCUUAUUCGGUUUUGCAGCAUGAACCAGAUAAACCCAAUAUUCAAACAGCGAUUCCCGGGCCCAAGUCGCAGCAGCUGCUGAAAGAACUCAACACUCUACAGCAAGCGGGAGCAGUUCAGCUUUUUGCUGAUUAUGACAAAAGUAUUGGAAAUUAUUUCUUUGACGCCGAUGGUAAUGCAUUCCUAGAUGCUUUCACACAAAUAUCUUCUCUUCCCGUGGGGUAUAAUCAUCCUGAAUUAUUAAGCGCAUUUGAAGAUCAACACAAUCUUAAAUCUUUGAUUAAUAGGCCAGCUCUGGGAGUUUUUCCUUCAGCUGAUUGGCCAGAGAAAUUGAAAAAUGUGUUAUUAUCUGUUGGACCCGUUGGGUUGGACAACAUAGCGACAAUGAUGUGUGGCUCCUGUUCUAUUGAGAAUGCGUAUAAAACUGUAUUCAUAUGGUAUCAGACCCGGGAACGCGGAGGAAAACUGGAUUUCACACCCGAAGAAAUUGACAGUUGUAUGUUGAAUCAAGUUCCUGGAUCACCUAAACUGUCAAUAUUAUCAUUUGAGGGAAGUUUCCACGGUCGAACAUUUGGAGCUCUGUCUACUACUAGAUCGAAGCCAUUGCAUAAGUUAGACUGUCCAGCUUUUGAUUGGCCGGUUGCUCCGUUUCCCAGAUACAAAUAUCCCCUUGAAGAAAAUAUUAAUGAAAAUAAGCAAGAAGACAAGAGAUGUCUUGAGCAAGUGGCUGACCUAAUUGAGAAGUAUAAAAAAAAGGGCAAUCCGGUUGCUGGUAUUGUUGUGGAACCAAUUCAGUCCGAAGGAGGUGAUAAUGAAGCUUCACCGGAAUUCUUUCGAGACCUUCAAAAAUUAUCUAAGGAGAAGGCGGUUGCAUUUAUUGUUGAUGAAGUGCAAACCGGAUGUGGUCCAACCGGGAAAAUGUGGUGUUAUGAACACUUCGAUCUACCGACGUCACCCGACGUCGUCACCUUUAGCAAGAAAAUGUUGACUGGAGGAUUCUACUUCACUGCUGAUUUUAAACCUCCGCACGCGUACAGAGUUUUCAACACGUGGAUGGGGGAUCCAGGUAAAUUGAUUUUACUCGAGCGCGUUCUCAAGGUCAUUAAACAGGAAAACUUGCUGGAUUUAGUCAACAAGACCGGAAAGGUUUUGAAAAAUGGCCUACACGAUCUGGAAAAGGAAUUCCCUGGAGUAAUACAUAGUGUUCGUGGUCGAGGCACGUUCUUGGCUUAUAAUGCUCCCACUACUGAAACAAGGGAUAAGAUAAACGCUGGAUUAAAGAAAAACGGUGUUUUGGGGGGAGUAUGUGGUGUACGUGCAAUUCGUCUGAGACCAGCAUUAAUUUUCGAACCUAAACAUGCUGCUAUUUAUUUGGAUGUUCUGCGGAAGACUUUGAAAGAAAUAUAAGUAGCGAGUUGGUAUUAGCCAUCCGUAAUUCCAAUGCAUUUUAUUGUAUAAUCACUAAAGACUGUUAAGUUUGUACUCGACAGCUCAAAAAAGGGACAUUUUCAGAUUUCAUAUGUUUGGGUUUCGUUACUGCACUAUAACUUUUAAAUGUUUGAACAGAUUUGGGGUAUCGUUUAAAUCCUCACAUCAUUCUGAGUGGUACUGGGAACUUUUUUGCAGCUCAAUCGUUUAUUUUUAAUUUUAAUAAUUAAAUUGUUAUUUUCUUAUGUAAGUAUGUAUAAUUUUUCUAAGAGUUUGCAUAAAGCAUUUAUAAAUUAAUGCCAUAAGUUUGAUGUAUUAUUAACCAAAUAUAUUUAUUUUUAGAAAAUGAUAAUAAUAAAAAUAGCAACAUCCAAUGUUCAUUUAGCAUUCAAUGCUAAUUUUUUUUGUCUCUUGGCUUGAAAUUAAUUUCACAUUGCAGUGUCUAUGAACUCCGUAAUUAGAUCUGCCGGAGGUCGUCUUCACAAAACUGUUAAUUUAAAAAAUGUGAUAAAAAGUUAGUAGCCACUUGUUUAGAUAAACUAUAUUGCUUAAAUUUUGUGUUUGUCAUUCAAAGUACGUGUAAUCAAAUACACAUAAUAUGAAAAUGCAGUGAGCAAUAUUUCUCUCUAAAUGGACGGACGAAAAUUUAAACAAAUCUUUUCAAGCUUAUUUACGAAUCAGUACUAUCCGUUUCAUUCUAUAUACUUUAGAAUACUUUAGUAUGUAUUGUGUGUAGUAUUGAUCUAUCAAAAUGUAAACAAAAGUUUUAGGCCUUUAUUUAGCUACAUACCAAUUAAGUCUUAACGAUGUCUUCCAAAUAAAAUAAUGUUAUCGAUAUAAA